GUAGACGCAUUUAUUUGUGGCGCAAGCGCAGUAAAACAAAACGUCAAAGGAAUGUUAAACAUCUGAUCUCAAUUACUUCAGUUUUUGGUGAGUUUUGCAGUCAUUUGAGUGAAAAUCGGUGAACGAGGAUGUUAUUUUAACCGUUUUACACACCAGAAUGAAUUAUUACCAAUCAAUGAAUCACCAUAUGCCCCAUCCCCAGUUCCAUUUCUCCCAACCUAACCCCCCUCCGAACCGUUUUAUCUACGUAAAGCACAAUUUCGUUGCCCCAAACCCGGCCCCCAAAGUCCUCCUCAACCCCCAUUUCAAGAAGAAAGUUUACGUCAACCCUCAGUUCAAACCGGCCCAAAACCCCCUUCCGCCAACAAACGCGAAACCAAAAAUCCACAUCAACCCGAACGUUUUGAAAAAUUUCGCCAAAACUGUAAACAACGUGCCCAAAGUUGUCGAACCCCCAAAAGCAACGACUGUGAUAUCUACCCGAAAUAAAUUAGUCCGAAUUCCGUGCAAUAAAUCACCCGAAAUAAGAAAACGGCGCAAUUCCGUACAUACAAAGUACAAAAUCGUGCGAAGUGGUGCUAAAACCGGUUCCCCCAACCGUUUCAAACUCGACAAAAGGCAGGAAAAAAGUGCGAAUAAAACCCUUAUUAGGUCAGCCAAAAAACGCUACGUUUACGUAAACCGCUUCCUGAGCAUCGACGUAAUGGCCAAAAACGUGCUCUUGAAAAAGAACCCGAACUUGUCCAAGCCCGGAUUCGUUAAAAUCAACGGAAUUCUGUACAAAAAAUCCCCGAAUUCCUUGCGGAAAGCCUCCGACACGUCCCUGCUCAAAUCCACGAAAUCUAGCACUCGGCGAAGCCUCGUCAAACGCUACAAGCUGAUCAGGUCUAGCUCCGCCCCUAGCCACGCCCGCAGAGUUAAGCCACGCCCCAAUUUCAAGGCCAAGAAACCGACACCCAGCAAACUGCGCAAGUGCAACAUCCCGUGCCCCAUUUUCCGGAAGUAUGGAAAAUGUCCGGGGAAGGCAGCAGGCACUUGUUUCAAGCUGCACAACCCCGAUCAGAUCGUCCUGUGCACGAGGUUUCUCCAAGGGGCGUGUCGUAAUGAAAGAUGCCUACUUUCCCACAAAGUUUCGCACGAAAAAAUGCCCACGUGCAAGUAUUUCCUCGACGGGUUGUGUUCUAAGGACAACUGUCCCUAUCUCCACGUGAAGAUCAGCCCCAAGGCCGAUAUUUGCAGGGACUUUUUGGAGGGUUUCUGCAAGAAGGGCGCUGAGUGCGACAAACGCCACCAAUUCUUGUGUCCCGAAUUCGAGAAGAACAAGAAGUGUUCAAAACGGAGGUGUCCAUACCCGCAUGGAAACACGGUAAGAAAAAAUUCUAAGGUUUUAAAUAGGCUUGCCAAGAAAUGUUCAACGAAAAAAGCAAAAACGGAGAUUGUCGAGUGUGAAAAAAACCGCUAUUACAAGGAAAAAGAAACUGAAGGCGGGGAGGAAAAAGUCAUUAAGACUGUGGCCAAGGAUAGGCCAAAAUUGGGGGAUUUACCGGCUUUUAUACCGUUGUUUGAGGCCACGUGACGAAUAUUUCUUGGCAAUUUUAGAUUUUUUAUACUGUCUUUGAGAAAAUAAAACAAUGAAGCAACAAAACAA